AUGAUGCUUAAGUCUGUCACAGAAAGUUUCGCUAGAGUGAUCCAUGGCUUGAAAGUGGGACACCUUACAGAUCGAGUUAUUCAGAGGAGCAAGAGGAUGAUUCUGGAUACCCUGGGAGUUGGGUUCCUGGGAACCAGCACAGAGGUGUUCCGCAAAGCCAGCCAAUAUAGCAAAAUCUAUAGUUCCAACAUAUCCAGCACUGUUUGGGGUCAGCCAGACUUCAGGCUCCCACCUGCAUAUGCUGCUUUUGUUAACGGUGUGGCUGUUCACUCAAUGGACUUUGAUGAUACGUGGCACCCUGCCACUCACCCUUCCGGGGCUGUCCUUCCUGUCAUCACAGCUUUAUCAGAAGCCCUGCCUCAGAGUCCAAAGUUUUCUGGCCUUGACCUGCUGCUGGCUUUCAAUGUUGGUAUUGAAGUGCAAGGCCGAUUACUGCAUUUCUCCAAGGAAGCCAAUGAUAUUCCAAAGAGAUUCCAUCCACCCUCGGUGGUAGGAACUUUGGGUAGUGCUGCGGCUGCAUCCAAGCUUUUAGGACUCAGCUUGACGAAGUGCCAAGAGGCCCUGGCCAUUGCCGUUUCUCAUGCCGGGGCGCCCAUAGCAAAUGCUGCCACCGAGACCAAGCCCCUUCACAUUGGCAAUGCCGGCAAGCAUGGGAUAGAGGCUGCUUUUCUGGCAAUGCUGGGUCUCCGAGGAAACAAGCACGUCUUUGACUUAAAGGCAGGAUUUGGGGCCUUUUAUACCAACUAUUCCCCCAAAGUCCUUCCAAACCUAGAUUCCCACACUUGGCUGCUGGACCACCAAGAUGUGGCCAUCAAGAGUUUUCCUGCCCAUCUGGCUACCCACUGGGUGGCAGACGCAGCAGCAUCUGUGAGAAAGCACUUGGUCACAGAGGGAGCCCGGUUCCCCACUGAGCGCAUCGAGAAAGUUGUACUCAGGGUUCCAGACGUCCAGUAUGUAAACAGACCCUUCCCAGAGUCGGAGCAUGAAGCCCGCCAUUCCUUCCAAUAUGUGACCUGUGCCGUGCUGCUGGAUGGUAGCAUCACCGUCCCAUCAUUCCAAACACACCAGAUCAACAGGCCACAGGUGAGAGAGCUUCUCGGUAAGAUAGAGCUGGAGCACCCUCCAGACAACCUGCCGAGCUUCAACACCCUGUACUGUGAAAUAAGUGUCACCCUCAAGGACCGGGCCACCUUCACCCAUCGCUCUGAUACCUUCUAUGGUCACUGGAGGAAACCGCUGAGCCAGGAGGACCUAGAGGCAAAGUUCAGAGCCAAUGCCUCCCGGGUGCUAUCCUGUGACACAGUGGAAAGUCUUAUAAAGAUAGUAGAAAAACUGGAAGACCUAGAAGACUGUUCUGCGAUAACCACACUUCUCAAAAGAUCCUCUCCACCUCAGUUGGCUUCAAAGUUGUCCACCAUGUCAUAA